AUGGCAUCAACUGCUGUUCUUCAAAUAGUAUCUUAUUUGGACUCACCUACAGGCGUGGAACGUAUUAGAGUCGCAGAUGUCAUAGAGCUUAAAGAGUUUAUCAGCAAAACACCCGCACAAUCCUAUGAAUACUAUUUUUAUAACAAUGCAAUUAGUGAUAAGAUUGGCAGCUUACGCGCGUUACCGGACACACGUGACGAGCGUUGUGCUGCUCACACCUACCGAUUGCCACCAGCGGCAAGGUCAAAAGUUUCGAUUGUAAUUACGUAUCACAAUGAGGCGCGCUCAGCGCUUAUCAGAACGAUUAUGUCUGUGCACAAACGUACCCCUGCGAAAUAUUUGCACGAAAUUAUUUUAAUCGAUGACUACAGUGAUGAUGAUACAAUUUUGCCAGUGCUAAGCCAACUCAAUUUCCCACCAUUCGCACAUAAUAAAACGCUUUCCAACACUGAUGCCUUAAUUUGGCCUGUUAACAUAGGUUUAAUUAAAAUGCAACGCAAUCCACGACGUUUGGGCUUGAUUGAAUCACGUAAUCUUGGUGCUCGACUUGCUACCGGCGAUUAUUUGCUAUUUCUCGACAGUCAUUGUGAAGUUAAUGUUGGCUGGUUGGAGCCCAUGUUGGAACGUAUUGCUCACGCUGCUCUUGGUAGAAGUGCACGUAAUGUCAACAUGGUAGCUGUUAGUCCUGUGCUAGAUAUCAUCGACACUGAGACUUUGGAUUAUCGUGCAAGUUCAAAGAAUCUAAUGGGUGGUUUCGAUUGGAAUUUACAUUUUCAUUGGGUGCAGCGUCAAAAUAUGGAACAAAAUGAUAAAGAAGCUUUCAGAAGUCCUGUAUUUUCUGGUGGAAUUUUUAUGAUAUCUCGAAAUUGGUUUUUUAAAUUGAAUGCUUUCAACUCACUUCUGGAAAUUUGGGGUGGUGAAUCAAUAGAAUUCGCUAUCAAAUUAUGGCUUUGCGGAGGGGAAAUUGAGAUCGUGCCCUGUAGUCGUGUGGGUCACAUUUUUCGCAAACAGCAUGCCUUUAGUUUUACUAACGGCGGUGAUGGUCGAAUGACAUAUUUAAGAUUAGGUUGGAGUGGUAGCCUUGACGCACAAGGCAUAAAUAAAUGGCCUGUUGUGACGGUACGAAUAGAGACUUUGCUUAUGCGCUAA